AUAAAAAGAAAAAAAAAACAGAAAAAUUUUCAGACCCACUGCCAACGGCGCUAACAGUCCGGCGAACCGACAGUCAGUGACAUCUGAUAAAAAAAAGUAAAAAAAAGUGAAAAAAAGGGAGGAAGAUCUAGAAGAAGAAGAAGAAGAAGAAGAAGGAAAUUUUGUGGAGGGAGAAAGAAGAGAGAAUGGAAGGGGGCUCCGACAACUCAAUCCCAGCCAACUUGCCGGAAAAGAAACUCCGACGAUUCGAUUCAUUGGACGUUGAAUCAAGCACCGUAUCUGGCGGCGGCACCCAUGGUCACAAGACGGCGACGACAACGGCGAGUUGGGGAGUGAUUUUGCAUCUAGCCUUUCAAAGUUUAGGAAUUGUUUACGGCGAUAUCGGAACGUCGCCGUUGUAUGUGUAUUCAAGCACAUUCCCAUUGGGAAUAAUCAAGCAUAAGGACGACAUUUUGGGUGUCUUAUCUUUGAUUUUCUACACCCUCACUUUGAUCCCUUUGCUUAAGUAUGUGUUCUUCGUGUUGCAAGCGAACGACAAUGGUGAAGGUGGGACAUUUGCAUUAUAUUCAUUACUAUGUCGUUACGCGAAAAUCGGGCUAAUACCAACCCAACAAGCAGAAGAUCAGGAGGUAUCAAAUUUUCAACUUCAGCUUCCCUCCAAUCGCCUUAAAAUGGCCUCUUCCCUUAAAUCUAAACUCGAAAACAGCCGCUCGGCUAAGAUGUUCUUGCUCUUCGCCACCAUGCUCGGCACUUCCAUGGUUAUGGGUGAUGGCGUCCUCACUCCUUCCAUUUCCGUUUUGUCGGCUGUUGGAGGAAUCAAGAAUGCUACCUCGAGUAUGACACAAGAUAGAAUAGUUUGGAUAUCAGCAGUAAUCUUGGUUUUGCUAUUCACUGUGCAAAGAUUUGGUACCCAUAAAGUUGGAUAUUCCUUUGCUCCAAUUAUUUGCAUUUGGUUUACACUUAAUUGUGGGAUUGGCGUCUACAAUUUUUUUAAGUUUGACCCUUCUGUCAUCAAAGCUAUUAAUCCAAAAUACAUUUUUGACUACUUCAAAAGAAACAAAAAGGAUGCUUGGAUCUCUCUCGGCGGUGUCGUAAUGUGCGUUACAGGAACUGAAGCUUUGUUUGCGGAUGUGGGUCAUUUCAGUGUGACCUCUAUAAGACUAAGCAUGUGUUGCAUUGCCUACCCUGCCCUUGUCUCUGCCUACUUCGGCCAAGCCUCGUUCCUUCGUAAGCAUACCGAUCAAGUCGCUAACACCUUCUAUAGCUCUAUUCCAGGUCCUCUCUACUGGCCAAUGUUCAUUGUGGCUGUGCUCGCAUCCAUCGUCGCCAGCCAAGCCAUGAUCUCUGGCACCUUCUCCAUCAUCCAACAGUCCCUCUCCUAUGGUUGCUUCCCUAGAGUUAAAGUGGUUCAUACUUCUUCCAAGCACGAGGGCCAAGUUUACAUCCCUGAAGUGAACUACUUUCUCAUGUUCGCUUGUCUUGGAGUCACUCUAGGGUUUAGAGAUACAACGGGAAUUGGGAAUGCUUAUGGCAUUGCAGUGGUGUUUGUAAUGGUACUCACUUCAAGUUUCUUAGUGCUCAUCAUGAUCUUGAUAUGGAAAACUCACCUACCUAUCAUAAUCUUCUAUGUUCUCAUCAUUGGCUUAUUUGAACUUUUAUAUCUAAGUUCAGUCCUUUACAAGUUUAAUCAAGGUGGCUAUCUUCCUUUAGCUUUUGCUGGAUUUCUAAUGUCAAUCAUGUACACUUGGAAUGAUGUUCAUAGAAGAAAAUACUACUAUGAACUUGAACAUAAGAUAUCUCCACAAAAGCUCAAGGACGACAUUGAUUCUCUGACGAAAACUCUCAAUCGUGUCCCUGGUCUUGGCUUGUUCUACUCUAAGCUUGUCCAUGGCAUCCCCCCUAUCUUCAAGCAUUAUCUAUCAAACAUUCCCACUCUCCAAAGGGUCCUCAUUUUCGUGUCGUUCAAGUCCCUCCCAAUAAGCAAAGUGUUGAUGGAAGAGCGGUUCUUGUUUAGACGAGUCGAACCAGAUGAGCUUAACGUGUUUCGGUGCGUGGUAAGAUACGGUUACAGAGAUAUCAUCCAUGAGCAAGAGGAAUCGUUUGAGAAAGUGUUGGUGGAGAGAUUGAAAGUGUUUAUAGAGGUGGAGUCGUGGAAGAAGCAGCAAAAGGAGGAGGAGAGAAAGAAGAGAGUGGAAGAGGAAAUAGAGGUGGUUGAUAGAGCUUGGAAAGAUGGAAUUGUUCACUUGAUUGGACAAGAUGAGAUUGUGGCAAGUAAAGGGUCAGGUCUUGCAAAGAGGGUUUUGAUCAAUUAUGUUUAUGAUGCAAUAAGGAGAAAUUUGAGACAGAAUGAAGAGGUCUUUGACAUCCCUAGACAACGUAUGCUCAAAGUGGGAAUGACUUGUGAGCUUUAGAGACUUGAUGUUUUGGAAACCCAAAAUGUAUCAAAUCUACUUUCACUCCUUAGCUUAAACUUUUAGGUCAAUCUAUUAUUUAAAAUAUGUAUUGCAAAAUUAUUAGAUCGAGAGUGAAACUUCACUCUUUUGAAGUACGAAAAGGAAAAUUGUCUUCCAUCUUUUGAUUAAUAAUAUCUUUGAAAAAAUAUCAAUUAA